AUGAGUGAUAUUAGGACUGAUGAUAAUAGUAGCAAGAGUGAGUCUUUGGGGAGAAGUAGUCGUAUAUCAGAUGGAUAUAAAGUUUAUGGCAAUGUAACCUUUUCGAGAGAUGAGUGGAAAGGAAUUGUUAGGAAGUAUGCCAAACUUGGCGAAAUGUAUAAUAAUAAAUCCGUUGGUGCAUUUGAAUCCACAAAUUCUAAUUUGAAAGGUUCUACGGGAACUCGGUUAUCGUCUAAUCCAAGUACCCAAGCUGGAACUAUGGACUUGCCAAGUGUUAGAGAGCCAUCGAUACCUAAAUUGUUACUAAAUUAUUUUGUUACAAUGGCAUUCGAAGAAUCAAGUUUAAGGAUGGCUAAAGAAUUAGGAUAUAUACAGACAAACAAGGACUCUAUCGAAUUCAAUUCUUACUAUAAAAUCAAAGAGAGAGCACAUAUAAUACAUUUAAUCAAAACUGGAUCAAUAUCACAAGCAAUGGAUUCUAUCAGUACUGUUUUUGGGGUAGAAGUGCUGGAAAAUUCUGUAGAUACUGAUCUGUCAGUGUUUGCCGCAGAUAAGAGGUCGCAAGUGGUGCAAAAUAUUAAUUCAAAAAAUGAUAAGAAUAGCCUUAGUAGCAGCGAUGAGUCUGAGGUAGAUACAUAUGGUGAUGAUGAUAUACAUUUCAAGUUGUUGUUAUUAAAUUUGAUAGAAAUGAUAAGAAUCCAACAUAUAAAAAUAAAAAGUGGUGAAGUAACUGAAUUGGAUAAUAAAUUUAUACUAGAUUUAAUUGCAUAUUCACAGGAAAAGUUAGCUAUGAAAGCCGCUAGAAAUGACAAACAUAUGAAAGAGUUGGAACUAACUAUGACAUUGUUACUCUUCCCAAUGCAAUCUCUAGUGGAUAAGAAGGAAUCUCCAAAACUACCUGAAAGUUUAAGAAAUUUGUACUCACUGUCACUACGUUCUCAUGUGGCUGAUAUUGUUAAUAGGAAAUUAUUGAAAUACAUCGUAAACUCAAAUCUGAUGCGGGAUUCACCUGGUAAGGAGAAAUUUAGAGAUGUUAGUAUCAUUAUAGACCCAAGAGGAUACUUCUUGCAAUCUGAAAGUAUGGUCAAUACCAACAUUUUGAAGAUCAAAACUAAGGAUGAAUUUAAAGAUGAUUUGUAUAAUGACGAUAGAUAUAAGAACAACACUAAAACUUUCGAAAAGUAUAAAAACGAAUUUCAGAAUGAAGACGGUUCUAACAACAGUUUAACUGGCUCCAACUCAUAUUGGGCUGAGACAACCGAAAUGUUGAGAAGGCAAAGUAAUACAACUUCUUCAUCUGAUAAUGAUCAAUCAAGUUAUUCGGAAAACGAUAAUAAUGAUAGCAAAAACAAAAAGCAGACAACUCAUAAUGCUAGUAAAAACGGUUUGUUGAAGGAGGAUGGUAAUCUCUCUGAAUUCCAGUUCGAACCAAAGCUCGUUCAGAUCAUGAGACUAUGGGCGUGGACAGAAAAUCAACUUCAUGUAAAUGAUAUUGGAAUUCCUAGAGUUGAAAAUUAG